AUGGAGGCGCGUCAUGCAUCUCUUGGUCGACGAACGUUGGAAGAAAUUCGCCAAAAGAGAGCCGCUGAGAGAUUGAGCAAAACAUCUUCGGGACCAGAUCUCUCCAAGGUUCCCAGCACCUCCGAGCUUGCGGGAAUGAACAGGGCCGAGAGCGGAAAUAGGUUCUCUGAGACAGAUGUUAGUGCUCUAUUGUCUCAACUGAAAGGUUUGCAAAACAAGAACAUGGAGUUGGAGGAAGAAAACAGGAGAAUAACAUCAAAGCUUCAAACGAUGGAAAUUGAUAAUGGUGCAAUGCACAAGCAGUUGAAUGAUCUGGAGCAAAAUACAGUGCCAUCUUUAAGGAAAGCGCUGAAGGAUGUUGCAAUGGAGAAAGAUGCUGCAGUUGUUGCUCGGGAGGACCUUUCAGCACAGCUACGUACCCUGAAGAAACGUCUUAAGGAAGCAGAAGAUGAGCAAUAUCGUGCCGAGGAAGAUGCAGCCUCAUUAAGAGCUGAAUUGAACUUAAUUCAGCAACAAUCAAUGACUAAUACUGUUAGCACAAUUUCACCAUUUGAUAAUCCACCAGAUCAUUUUCAAAUUCAAAUAUUUCAAAAGGAGCUAGAUGAUUUAAAACUGGAACUGCAGCGAGAGUCACUGUUGAGGCACCAGGAGCAGGAACAAUUAGCAAAAGAGCAAGCCCGUAUUGCCUUAUUGAUGUCUGAAAAUCAGGAGUUGGAAGAGAAACUUAAGUCCGUAUCUAUAGAGGCUCCAGAAGUCUCAGAUACAGCUGCUCACAAAGCAUUUUCUUUGAGGGUGGAAGAUAAGGACGGGAGUGAUGAAGAAGACAAGCAGAAACUUGAUAGCCAGUUGCAUGAUAUGGCUUUGGCCAUUGAGAGGUUGGAAAGCAGUAGGCAGAAACUUCUAAUGGAGAUUGACUCACAAUCUACAGAAAUAGAGAGGCUUUUUGAGGAAAAUUCCAAUCUCUCAAAUUCAUACCAAGAGGCAAUUCGAGCAGCAGUGAGAUGGGAAAACCAGGUGAUGGAGUGUCUAAAGCAAAAUGAAGAGCUUCGUGGGAUUCUAGAUAAUUUGAGAAUGGAACAGGCUAGGGGCUUUUUAGACUCUUCUAAAAAUGGGGCACAUGAGAUUGCUUCAUUGGCAUCAACACAAGAGAUGGCAUCUAUGAAGGGCCAACUCGUGAAGGAACAGAGCAGAGCAGAGGCACUAUCAGCAGAAGUCAUGCAGCUUUCUGCUCAACUCGAACAAGUCAAACAAGCAUAUGAUGGUCUUGCACGCUUCUAUAGGCCAGUGCUGCGCAACAUUGAAAGCAAUCUCGUAAAAAUGAAGCAAGACAACUCGUUGGCUGUACGAUGA